AUGCAAAGUGACGGUGUAGAGGGCAGGAGGCGGCGAGGGCUUACGCCGCAGACCUGGAAUUGGUUGGUCCUUUGCUUGGGAGGCGCCUUGCUAUGCGCGCGUAGAAACGGCGUUGAAGGCAUUCUUCAAGAGGGACCGCUGAGAGGAAAAGUGCACGAGGGAGGAGACGCAUCCUCUGCCGCAGCUGGGAUAGCAACGUGUAAUUUUUCUGGCAAUGAAGGCGCGCCGGACUUUGACGUCUUGACGCUGUCCGCAGGGAAAACUGGUGUUUCUCUGCGUUGCGUUGCAGAUGACGUCGAAAUUGUACCCGCUGAUGUUCAUGAGGUAUGCGUCGCCUUUAACGACGCUCCUACCUUAGAGGAUUGCCAAAAACCUGCAGGCGGGACCACGAGCAAGCACGAAACCCUGGAGACCCUCCUUGGCACACAGAGCCCGAUAAAGUGGACAGAGAGCGAGGUGAGUGAAACUCCAAAGAGCAAGCAACGCACACUUCAGCUGGACCCCUCGCAGCUUCCCCUCACGGACGAGGCCUUCUUCGUCGGAUGUCAAAGUCCUAGAGUGGGGCCCAGCAAAUCAUGCAAGGUGACAGUAAAGGUGCUGGCGCGAGAGUCGUCUGUCAAAGACAGUGUUGUCACAUGCGGCUACGGCGACGGCAGCAACAAAGACGGACCGCUGAAGGUAGACCUCACAGAAGCGAGCAACUCGCUUGAGUUGAUAUGCGGGGAGCAGGGUUCCGUCAAGCCUGCGACUUUCCUGACUAAAGUCUGCGAAGACAAAGAGAUGCAGAAGUGCGACAAGGAGCUCAAGGACAUCCUCCCGGGGUUCGACGCUUCCUGGUGGGGAGCGUCAAAAGAAGGAGGGAGUGAGUCGGCAAAGCUGACCAUCCCCGCGACCGGAUUUCCUGCCGAAGACCAGUCGUUCUACAUCGGGUGUAGCCUCCACCCGACUGAGCCGCCUCGUGAAGAUACGUUGACGGCUAUGGGUAUGCAGCCCUCUGCUGAGAACGAAAAAGAGCCGGCAUGCAAGGUGCUGGUGACUGUCAAGGCCACUAGUUCGUCCAUGUCGGCGUUAUAUGACGUGACGACUGUGGCUGCAGCUUUGGGUGCCUUAUCUCUAGCCAGAAUUGCCGUCGACUCUUUCUGA